CCGCCGCCCUCGCUACCAUCACCUCUCGCGCAGCGCGGCCUGAUCUCGGCCGCAGAGAGCUACGCCGACAGCAUCGUCACCGGCCUCGGCAGCGACGUCUCGGCCUACAUCGCCUCUGGCGUGCCGCAGUUCUUCCAGGCCUUGCCGACGGGCGCCGCCGUCCUGAGCUCCCUCGGCAUUGACGACGCGGAUCUCGCUGCUACCCCGACACAGGUCCUCAACUUGCCGGCAUACGGCAACUGGACCGCCGCGGGGUGGAAUGUCCGCGUGCAUGGGAAUGUGUACAAGAUGCCCAACAUCUCCGAGGCCAAGCUCGACGGCCUGGCGGAUGUUUUUCUCGUCGGGACUGCGGUCAAGGACCUGCCCCCCGCGCAGCAGAGCCAGGCCCGCAACCUGACGGCCGAGAUCUUUGUCGUCCAGCAGCGGCGUGUCAAUGUCACUGUUGUCUUUGAGACGAAUUCCGGGGUGCAGCAGGGUGGUGAUGGCGGCGCUGUUAAUGCGGCCGGAGGCGCGCAAACGAUCCAGCUCCCCGGCGAGACGACCGACGAGGGCGACUUUGGGACCUGGGUGGUGCUAGCCAACACCAGCAGUUCUGGAAGUGGAGGGUUCCUAGUGCCAGGCAACGAAACAACUCGCGUGCAGACGCUCGGCAUGCGCGCGGUACGGACCGACUCGGGCAACGCGACGGCGUACCUGGUGCCGCCGACGGGGGUGACGGUGGUCUCGGACAUUGACGACAUUUUGCGCGUGACCAAGAUCUGGGACCCGCGCGAGGGCCUGCUCAACUCGUUCGCCCGCCCGUUCGUGCCCUGGCUCGACAUGCCGGCCGUCUACAGCAACUGGUCGGCGUCGUGGGAAGACAUGCACUUCCAUUACCUCACCACGACGCCCGAGCAGGUUACGAGGAAUUACAUGGACUUCAUCUUCAAGACGUACCCGCCGGGGUCGUUCGACACGCGGCCGCUCAACUUCUCGGACGUGUCAGCAACACUGUCGAUCCGCAAGUUCCUGCUCGACCGCGUGUUUGAGACGUUUCCGCUGCGCAAGUUCAUUCUCGUUGGCGACACGAGCAACUCGGACGUCAUGGAGGACUAUCCCCAGCUCACCAGGGACUUCCCGGGCCAGGUGCUAUGCAUCCUACUGCGCAACAGCAGCAGCAUGGACGCGACGGACCGCUUCCCCUACGAUACAUCGGGCUUCGUGGGGCUGCCGCAGGACCAGUACAUGUUCUUCAACGUGCCCGACGACCUCGCCGGCCUCGACCUCGCCGGCGGCCGCUGCCACAAUACCUCCGUGCGCCAGAACGUCACCUUCGGCACGCAGGGCCUGCCGUUCGGCCUCGGCACCAAGAGCAGUGCUAUGCCCGGAAGGCUG